CCGUCCUGACAAAAAAGAAAAGUAAUUCCUCACCCAGUCACAAACUAACAAUGGACUUAGGUGUCAAUAACCAAGUGACCUCUGACCUCAAUAACAGCAACAAAAGAGAAUCUCUUCUCGAGUUGUCAAAAACACAAUCAUGCAAUCCCAGAAGGAAUUCUACCUACUGUAUAUAUUCGGGAUGUAGGUGCUACAACGAAACAAAUUGCUGUGAUUGCAGCGGCCUUCGACUAACAUCCGUCCCUCAAAACCUACCGCCUAACAUAACAAAACUUGACCUGUACAACAACGCUUUAACUGAAAUACCUCCUCAUUCGUUAAAAAAUUACUCACGACUUAGAAUAUUGCAUUUGAAUUCAAACAACAUUUCAAAGCUGAAUGAAAGCUCGUUUUCGGGUCUGGAAAACUUGACGUUUCUCCGACUGGACGAUAAUUCCCUAGCGAUGACCCCUGACACGUUUCCCGUGGGUGUCUUCAAGCCUUUGGUGUCCCUCACGGCCUUGAGGUUGAAUAAAAACUUUAACUCGGCGGUAGGAGGGAACAAUUUUAGUUACCCAGAUUUAGCGCUAUCUGACUUGAAAAACUUGAAAGCGCUUUAUAUAGAUGGGCUGACGAAUGCGUCGUUUGGAGUGGGAUUCAGUAGGAUGACGUCACUGGUCAACUUUACCGUAACUGGCUAUCUGGAUGGAUACUGUAAUAUAAUUUGUUUAAGCAACACGACAUUUCAGUACCUGGGACACAUCAAGGUCCUCAACCUCAGCAACUGCCACCUACGUGGGGGGCACAUUGACAAGGAUGCCUUUACGCCUUUGGUGAGCCUGGAGAUGUUGGACAUCCACUACAACGAGGACAUUGGAAUCAAACACCUGCAGCAUAUCAUGCACGGGCUGAGGAACAACACGAACCUGUGGUGGCUGGACGUUAGCACCAUCGAGUGGCGCUACUCCACCGGAACUCAAGUCAAUGCCAGUCACGUGGUCAACCUCCCCAAGUCUUUGACCACUCUCAAGGUCGCGGGGAACAGCAUUGAGAAGAUAGACAACGAUACGUUCGACCAUCUCCCCCCAAACUUAACUCUUCUGGACAUCGGAAAAAACCGAAUCGUGUUCGGGGUUUUCCUUGAAUUUCUCCCAAAACUGACCAAUCUUCAGACUUUACUGAUCAACGGCGAAGACUACCUCUACGAUAUUCCAACAUCCUACAAUAAAGAAUCCAUCAAACAUUUUCAUUCCCUCCUCAAGAGGAGAAGCGUUGGAGAUGACAACGCUCUAGUAUUCCACCUCCCACCACAACUGUCCCGGAUAGAAAUGGUUAACGCUGAGUUGCAGUACCGUCUGUCACGGCUGACGAUAGUCAGCAACAACUCCCUGACAGACCUUGUGUUGGACAGAAACUUUUUGCCUGAGCUGCAAGGUCCGUUCAUCGGCUUCAAUCAUUUGACCACCCUCAGUAUCUAUUCGAGCUAUGUUAGUUCCCUGGAGUGGACGUUUUUCUCCAAUUUCCCGCGUUUGGAGAAUCUUAACCUCGGCACAAACCUACUUGGGGAUUUUUUAAACACUCUUGACGAUCCUGUUUUCGCUAAUUUGACAAAUCUAAAAAAGUUAGAUCUUUCUAUUAACAACAUUCAAAAUUUAAGUUAUGGUUUAUUUAUCGGUCUCAACAAUCUUACUAUUCUAGAUCUGUCAAACAAUCGUCUUUCGGAAUUUAAUGUAAAUAUCAGUGGGAUGAAAAACUUGAGACUGUUAAAUCUGAGUCACAAUUCGAUCUCGUCACUUCCUGAUGACGUGAUGGAAAGCAUUGAUUGGCUGAUUGACCACCAGAUACCGGUUGAGGUGGAGCUUAACAACUGCCCUAUUCUUUGCACGUGUCAAAACUUGAAAUUCCUAACCUGGAUGGUCAAGUCUCCAGCAUUUAAGUCGUUCAAGAGUUAUAUCUGUGCUCACGACGACGUGUACGUACGCUUGACCAACGGCUACAACAAAACCGUGGAGCUGCUGAACAAAGAAUGCGCAUCCAACGAGAAGCUCUUCCUGUUUGUUGUUGCCGCCACGCUGCUCGUGCUGUUUGCUCUCGUCGGUCUCAUGAUCUUCCGCUUCAGGUGGAGCCUGCGGUACCUGUACCACGCGGCGAUGCUGAACUUCCAUAGACGACACGAGACAAAAGGCAACAAAUUUGACUAUGACGUUUUUAUCUCCUACGCCAACCCGGAUGAACUUUUCGUCCUUGAGGUUGUCGAGCCUGAGCUAGUCAAAAGAGGGGUCAAAGUUCACAUCCACGGGCGCAACUUUGUGGCGGGAAACUUUAUCGCCUCCAACAUCGUGAGCGCCGUCAGCAUGUGCCGUAGGACCUUGGUCAUCCUGACCGGGAACUUCUGCAAGAGUCACUGGUGUAAAUACGAGGUCCAGAUGGCUAACAUGGAGUCGGUCCACGACGGACGUCCGGUGCUGAUUUUCCUGGUCAAAGAGAACAUGGCGGCCAAGAACCUGGGCGAGCUCAUGUCCUUCCUCCGCUGCAACACUUACAUCCCCUACCCGCAGGGGGAGCAACUCUCGGAGCGGGAGAUGAAGGCCAUGUGGGACAAACUGGCACAGGACCUGCGCUAGCUGUAGGACCUCAGCGAGGACAUUCAGGUCUAGAUCGUCUCAUGGAGGACAUUCAGGUCUAGAUCGUCUCAUAAAGGACAUUCAGGUCUAGAUCGUCUCAUGGAACUAAUACGCUGGCUGAUAGUUUGGAGGACAUUCAUGAUGUCCUAUUGCUGGCCUUCCAGGAUCCGCUACACCACAGUACUUGAAUGGCAAAUACCCUUGACCUCUAGCAGUCAUUAUUUUCGUGUGCCGACAGCCAUCCUUGCAAGGUUCACACAACAAUGUAACUGGAUAUCAUUUAUAGCCUUGGGCAUAUUGCUUCAUCAACCGUAUAAACGGGUCCUUCAAAGAAAAAUAUUGGAUUACUAAUCAGGCGUAUCGUUUUACCACAUGCGAUGCCCAUUAAACCAGUGAUAACAAAAACAAUUAAACUGUUUGGAGUUUAAAUCAAAAUCGAUGUUAUAAAGGAAAACAAAGUGUUUUUUUUAAGCUUUGACAACUUUUUGACAGCCGCUUGACCGUUGUGUGAUUUCUUAUUACGGCAUGGUGUCUUGUAUUAAUCAGGAAAAGAAUUUUUCACUAUAGAAAAUUCUUUUUCCCCUUAAGAAAACAAAUUGUAAUAAAUGCUGUAACU